CAGGGCGUGUGCACGUGUGCAAAUGUUCUGAAUCCGGCGUUUGGAGUCCACCCCAUCAUUUUUCUCCCUCCUCCUCCUCCUCCUCCUGUGUGUGUCUGUGUGCACACAUGGAUCUACUGCCUCCCUUGUCCAGAUGCUAAAACAGCUGGCUUAGCUCUCGCUCCCUUCCCUUCCCAGCUCUUUCCCCCCUUUCCUCCUCUAUCCCUUUCUUCCAUUAGCCGAGAUUCCCAGUAAUCCGAUCGAAUUUGGCAAGGGCUGGCCAAGCGUGUCAGAGACUGAACUAAAACCUUGGCGUCUGCACCCCUUUUUUUACCUCCCAGGAAAAGUUCUGAGCCCUUCCAGGAAAGUUUGCCGUUGCAGCCUAGUUUUCAGAACUUAGCAACCCGCCUUGCAAGCUGGAUGCACUGAACUUCCCCCCUCGCGUUCUCGCUCGUGUUCGGUUUUAAUUAAAUGCAGCCAUGGAGCAGCUGAGAAGUCUUUCUGUGAGUGUUUCUCCUUUUUUUCCUCCUGCUGGCAGGCUGAAAAAACAUAAAUAUCAAGGCCCUGCGAGUUCCACAGGCAUUUUCCUACUUCUAAUCCUCCUGGUGGUUUGGGGAGAGUCGUAUGCCACGGAGGCACGGAAGAUCCAGGAACACGUGGCCAUACCUGGUCCCAAUCUUGGGGUGACCUCGGCUCUUCCAAACGUGGCAUUUCCACCUCCGCCUCCUCAUCUCCGGAAGAAGCGUUACACGUUGACGCCGGGACGGCUGAAAUGGGAUCAUUUCAACCUAACCUACAAAAUUCUGUCUUUCCCCAAAAACCUGAUCAGCAAAAGCCAAACCAGGAAAGGAUUAACUGCAGCUUUCCGCAUGUGGAGCGACGUCUCCCCCUUCACCUUUCGUGAGGUGCCCACGAGUACCUCCAGCGACCUCACAAUCGGUUUCUACCCCAUCAACCAUACGGAUUGCCUGGAAUCGCAGAUCCAUCACUGUUUCGAUGGGACGACGGGAGAGUUAGCCCAUGCCUUCUUCCCGCAAACAGGAGAGAUCCAUUUUGACGAUCACGAGUACUGGAUCGUAGGAGACACCCGAUUCAGCUGGAAAAAGGGCGUCUGGCUGACAGAUCUGGUUCACGUGGCGGCCCAUGAAAUUGGCCAUGCUUUAGGUCUCAUGCACUCCUUGGAUCCCAGUGCCCUCAUGCAUGUUAAUGCUACCCUGACAGGGAAGAAUACUAUCUCACAGGACGAGAUGUGGGGAAUUUACCGGCUCUAUGGCUGUAAAGAUCGACUGUUUAUAUGCUCAUCGUGGAGUCGGAAAGGGUACUGUCGAACGCGCCAGCGGUUUAUGAAAAAGCACUGUCCGUACAGCUGUGACUUCUGCUUGGCGUUCCCUUUUCCGACGGUGAUCCCAACCCCACCACCCCCAAGGAUGAAGACCCGGCUUGUCCCAGAGGGGCGGAACGUUACUUUCCGAUGCGGCCAGAAAAUUAUCCACAAAAAGGGGAAAGUUUAUUGGUAUAAGGAGAAGGAACUGCUGGAAUAUUCCUAUCCCGGCUACCUUUUUCUGAACGACGACCACAUGAGCAUCAUCGCCAACGCGAUCAACGAAGGAACGUACACUUGCGUGGUGAAGAAGAAGUCAAAAGUUUUGACCACAUAUUCUUGGAGAGUCAGGCUGAAGCAGUAACGCAGACGGUCUGCAAGGACUUACAGACCCUAAAUCAUUUUGAUUUAUGUGGGUCCGCUCUCCCACCUGUUUCCGUAUUUCACUUUGGGCCUGCAUUUGCAAAAAACCAGCUUCCCAAGAUGGUCCCUUCCAGAAGGAGUCAAGUACAAGAAUACUGGUUUCUCCCCUGCAUUUCCCAUCGUUCCUAUCCUCGGCCAAGCUCGCUGGGGACGAUAGGAUGUGUAGUCGAUGCCAUAAGGGGAUCCAAGGGGAGGGGAAAUUGGCUAUGAUGUGAACUAAAAGAGCUUUUUUUUAAAAAAAAAAACUUGCUAAUAUUCGUUAGGAACCAUUUUACACCUAGAUUUUCAGCUACUUUCUGCUACCAUCUGGAGCUUGGGGCUCUGUCACUGAUGGAGUGAUGGUUCUUUAGUUAGAUUUGUAUUUUCCUCUCUCUUCCAGCGCUUCAAGACGGCAUAUGUAAGACCAUUUCCCCCCCACAAUAGAAAGCCUGUGAGUAGGUUGGGGACACGAGAUCUCUUAAGAAGAGAAGUGCAAAGAGAACCUUAGCCACUCUACAAUUUAGCGAAAGAUCCCAAGCGUAUGAUGAGCUCCUGCGCUGCGUUAUUUCCGCAGAACAGGACCUACCCGAAACAGUUUGCCCGUUUCCUGCACUACGUAAGACUAAAGAUCAUAAAUCCCUCCAAAUCACAAGCUAGACAUUCUGACCAUUUUAGGGAGCUGCAUCAAGAACACAGGGCCUAAAACAAGAAUGCCUACGUUAAACCUUUGCAUCUGUUAUGCAUUUUUUACUUGGGUCAACGGCCUUGAAAGAAUUUGCUAGCCUGGGUAUAACUUCUGGACAGUUGAUCCUUAAGGAAUUUCACCAGUUAAUUACCCUUCUGCUCAAAUAAAGCACUUCCAUAUUGA